CAUGGCGACCGAAAAUCUCGAUCGCACUAACAUGGCCCCAGGGACAGGGUUGUAAGCGCGUGAUCCGAGCCUAUUGACAUUAUUGCAUGUAGUAGUUCAGGUUAACAAUGCGUGUACCUUCCAGGAUUCUCUCUGGUGCUCUGCAUCAUCAAAAUAAAGGGGCCUGCGACUGGGGAUGGCAAGGCCUCCUUGCAUAUGGAUGUCAAAACCUAGUUGUGGUUAUUGACACACAGAACCUUCAGAUUUUGCAGACCCUUGAGAAGCACAGAGGAAAUGUAGUUAAGGUGAAGUGGGGGAAAGAGAAUUAUUUCCAUGAUGUUGUGACAGGGUACCCCCUACGUCUGGCUUCAGCAGACACUAAUGGCAGGAUAGUGAUUUGGAGCAUUAGCACUGGGACAAGUAAAAUAGACUUUGCUGAUGGAAACAAACCUGUUCAAGAUAUGGAAUGGCUGUCCUACCAGGACCACGCCCAUGACCUGCUGGUGACCCUCUGUCCUCCAUACUCUCUGGUGCUGUGGAGAGCGGACACAGGCCAGAAACUGUGGAAGAAAACAUACACUGAAACUCUGACAUCAUUCUCUUUUGACCCAUUUGACUCCAAAAAUGUGGCAUUCCUGGGUCAAGACUGUAUAGUUUUUAUUGAUGACUUCUCAGUGGUCAAGGUUCCCUCCAGUAAUGGGAAAAAGUUUUUUGUCUCCAGUCCCAGUUCUCAAUUGCCUGCUGUGCAAGCUCCUGUUGCUGUGAAUGGAGAGAAAAAGUCCAGUAAGAUCACAUUAAAGAGAAUGAGCCAGUUACUCCAAGGAGAAAAGAAAGAGAAAAAUGUUUUAUACCACUUAAGAACAGUGCCCUUGGAAGAAGUCAAUGUGACCCUGAAUGAGUGCCUGCAGUUAACCUACCACCAGACUUGCCGGCACCACAUCAUACUUCUGUAUGCCAGGGAGGUAUUAAUACUGGACCUGGAGAUUAACCAGACAGUUGGUAUUAUCCCUAUUGACAGAACUGGAUCAUCUUUUGCUCAGAUUAUCCCAUGUAGUCAGAGAGAUGUUCUCUUGGGUCUUCAUGACAAUGGGUCAAUCACUGUAAGAGUCAGACACAAGGGGGCAGCAGUGGCAGCCACUCCAGAACAAGUGGGAACAUAUGGCACACAAGAAGAAAACGGUAUUGGUGUGAGCCAGCCAGACAUGAUUUAUGAUCUACGUUGCCAGUCAGAUCCCAUGCGUCUAACCAAGCAUGCGAGAGUGUACGGCAUGGUGUGCAGCCCAGUGACAGAGCGGAACAUAAGCCUCAUCAUGAGUGAUGGGCGUGUCUUAGUCUGGGAUUUGAUGGCUGUUGACAGUGAAGACAGUCUCUCUGGCAAUUCUCCUAUGUAUACUCCUGGUCACAGUAAAGUGCAGAAGUUCAUGUUCUCAGCUUUUGAAUGUCAGCUUCCUCUGGUGUCUAAUGCACCUUUCCCUAAGAGCACACUCAAUGAUUACAUAGGCAACACACAGGUGUGCAGUCCAGAUAGCCUGGCCAGCAAGAGCAGGCAUGGUAUUGUGUUCAAGUUUGUCCUCACUGGGAUGAUGUCUGGUCUAGGUCCAGCUCCUCUGGUCAUCAAGAUGUGUCCACCUCUGACUACUAAGAAUUUCAGCACCUACAAACCUCUGCUGGCGGUUGGCACCCCGAAUGGCACUGUGCAGGUCUUCAAUGUCAGCAGUGGAGAGCAGUACAGAGAAUAUAGUGUGCAUUCCUCAGCUGUCAAGGGCAUUGACUGGGUAAGCCUCACUGCCUUCCUGUCCUUUGCUCACUCUGGCAUCAGCUCCAGCAGUCAAGUGAAGAAUGAAUUGGUCCUGGUUAAUGUGCAGUCAGGCACUGUAACUCAAGUUAGACAGAACAGGGAGGAAGAGUCUCCUAUAGAACUGAUAGCUGUAUCGCCAUUAAGGCAGUACUUUGUGGUUGUGUUCAAGGACAAACCUUUUGAGUUGUGGGAUCUCAGGACUCUGUCAAUCAUACGAGAGAUGCCAAGGAAUUUUCCAAGAACAACAGCUUUGUGCUGGGCACCCUCUCACAGCACUAAGACCCUGAAGAAGCGUCAAACCAAUGAGGGAGUCACAACAUUGUCAGUUACGGACCUUACAACCUCGGCACCAGCAGCAAUUUCGACUGAAACCACAACCAAUUCAGACAAGCCAGGCAGCUCCCAGACAACAGCAGGCCAUUCCAGGGAACAUUUUGUGUUCACAGAUGCCGAUGGUCUACUGUAUCAUUUUAUUGUAGAGGGCAGUAUCAUCAAAGAUGGGUCCAAGAUUCCACCAGAGAAUGGCAUGGGUAGCAUCACCAGUCUGGCCUGGAAGAGUGACACUAUGGUGAUGGGCGAUGUGGAUGGAAAUCUCAACAUAUGGGAUCUUAGGGCAAGGCUGUCAAAGGCCAUCCCUACUCAUCGUGGUUGGAUCAGAAAGGUCAAGUUUGCCCCUGGUCGAGGCAACCAGAAACUGUUAGUUAUGUAUAAUGAUGGUGCUGAUAUAUGGGACACCAAAGAUCUGGAACAAGUAAGCUCUUUGAAGUGCCCCAAAGAGCUUCCAAGAAUCAAUGAUAUAGACUGGGCUGCUUCAGACAAACCUGUCUUGGCAACAGCAGAUGGCUGCAUUCGGGUGGCAGAUCUGGAUUUGAAGGGCGCCAUGGCAACCCUGGAGGAGUAUCAUUUGACAGCCCCUAUAUUCUGCCCCCAUCUGCUGCCCAGCAAGGCAGCUCUGACCCUAAAAUACUUGUUACAACAUCAGCCAUGGCAAGAGUACAAGCUAGAACUAGGCCAACACAUUAACAAUGAGGUGCAGCAUCUGGUCAACAUGCAGUUUAAGAUAUUAGACAAUGACUUAAAGGCAUAUCUGACCAGCUGUAGCUUUGGGACAGCAGAGCGCUGCCUUCUUACUGCCCGGAUAUUUGGAGAUGAGUCUGACCUUCACUUCUGGACUGUGGCUCUGCACUAUCUCAGGGCAGAGAAAGUGCAGCCUUUGGGAAAGCUCCUCCAGAAACAACUGUCCAGCAGCUCUGGCUCUGGUGACCUGUACAAACCAGGCAGUAGUAGUUGUGACCUGGUUCAGCUGGACGAUGAUCAGUCUGAGGUGGACAAGACGCAAGCCUGGCGCAUGAUACAAGACCAGCCACUAGAGACGUGCUAUGAUGUUCUCUGUGAUAACCAGACAUUCCAGAAAUAUCAGUUGGACCGAAUUGCUCUGCAUGAUGUCAAGAGGGAGUCCUAUGAACACACAAAGAAAGUAGCAGAGAACCUUAUGCUACUAGGACAAACUGACAGGGCUGUGCAACUUCUCCUAGAAACGGAGGCCGAAAAUGACAGCUAUUACAUAGAUUGUCUUAGAGCAUGUUUGGUGGCUAGUAUAAGGUCAUCUGGAGCCUCUCAGAGCACCAUCAAACUGGUGGCCACAAAUCUUAUUGCAAAUGGCAAGCUGUCAGAGGGUGUUCAGUUGCUGUGUCUUAUAGACAAGGGCUUGGAUGCCUGUCGCUACCUACAGACUUACGGGGAGUGGAAUCAGGCUGCAUGGCUGGCCAAGGCUACUUUGAAUGCAUCAGAGAGUUUGGAAGUGAUGAAAAGAUAUUCAGAGCAUCUUUGUUCUGCAGCUGUUAAUCACAAGAGUCAGGCAGUUUUGGUGAUGUUGUCUUUGCGGCAGUUUGUUAAGGUACUAGAGAUGUUAUAUGGACAGCAGCAGUUUGACAGAGCAGCACUGUUCCUGGAGGCAUGUCUAGAGUUUGGCAUCAUUCAAAAGACGAAAGAAAAUUCAUCUCUUUUAGAGGCAGUAUUUCUAGAGUAUGCUAGGUUCCUGACAGCCAUGCAGAACACUGAGGCAGCACACUACUACUGUCAUCUGGCAGGUGGAAAGGGACAGCAGUUCAUGAAGGAACUGCAGGACACUCAGGAAGUGGAAGUGGCACAGGAAGUGGAUGUUGCACAGGAAGUACAGAAAUGAGAAUCAUCGGCAUAAGAUGGCCGGAAUUGUAUAAACUUGAUAUGCAAGGGUGGUUGAAACUGUAGUAGAGUACAAAUGAUGGGUUUAGCUAGUUGUCAUUAUGGCAUGAACAUUUCAUAGUUGAAAUAAGUGAAAUGUAGGUUUAAUGGUCAAGAUAACAAUAGUGUUGUUGACAAAACUUUGCUCUUGAUCACGAAAUGACGCAUUUACAAAGGAUUAUGGAUUGAAUUGAAGCAGAUCUCACUUAAACCUGACUACAGUUAUUUACAGUUCCAAAACCAAAUUUGCUUAAUGGGUGAACAAAAAAAGUAGAUUAUUUCAACACCAUUAAUUUACUUAACAGAUUUCUUCAGCACAGAUUGUUAUGUGGAGGACAACCGCUUCCUUUCUGUAGGGAUAACAUGAACUAGCAGAGCAAGCUGUUACCCCAGCACAUGACAUAUGAAUAAGUUACUUGUAAUAGGAAUGUUGUCAUUAUUUUUUCAUUUCAAGUAGACUAUUAAGUGUGAUGUUAUCUAUUAUCUAUAUCUGGUAACAUGAUGAAAAAUAUGAUGGACAUUUAUGCUUUUACACUGUAUAUUAUUACCUUCCUAUUUUUUUUAUAUUUGUGUGUAUUUUGACCACCAUUAGCAAAGUGAAAGUUUGCUUCAAACUUAGGCUUCGUUCACAUGCAAUGUCUAUUUUCUAAAUUCUAUUUUCUAUUUGCGGCAUGUCUUAUGA